AUGUUUACCGCGGGCUCACAUCCUAUGAAACGAUUGAAAACUCGUGACAGGGCAUUUACAAAGAAAGACAAGGCUCUUAUCCACGCAGGCGGUGGUAAUAAUUUAGAGCAAUUUUCUUUCCAUUUCGUCAUUAGAUUAACAAACAGAACAGUCCUACUACGCUUAAUCUAUUUGCUUUGCACGAAUCUCACAGGAAUUGGUCCGUUCAGUCCUCGAAAAUGUACGGUUGUUUAUAUAUCAUGUUCAUUUCUUUCGAUAUGUGUGUUUGUUUCAUCUAGUAAACCGAUUCAAGCUUUACAUGGAUAUUCGAAUCGCUUUGCCCAUUGUAAACGUACUAUGUGCCCUGUAAUUAAGCUUUCGUACAUUUUUGUUCGUUAAAUCUUGGACGAAAUUUAAUAGCUGAGAAACGAAACGACCCAAUGCUACAUUUACGAACCGCGUUUUGAGAAAGGUUGUCGUGUGGUAAUAUAAAUUCAUUCCUUUCUUUAACUUUGUUUUGUAGAGAAAUACAAGUUUACAUAACUUGAAAAAGAUGCGGAAGUGUUUGUUGGAGACCAAGGGAUCGAUUGUCGUUGCCAUUCCUUGUUGCAUUUGUUCUGCGCGAGUUGUUGACGGUAAGCAAUUGAUGAUGUAAGCUUUAAUACUUCGAGCUAGUUUGUCGGUCAUUUAUCCAUACUUUCGUGCCUCAUAUUUUAUACCUUUAUUUAGGGAAAAUUGAUUGAUUGAUAAAAGUAAGAAAUAUUUCCUUUUUUGAACGAAUAUUACGGGGGAUUUCUUUACUCUUGCUUCCUUUUCUGUGUCACGAGUUUCCUGUUAAAAAGUUGAUCUUUGAGAAUCGAAACCGGUUGUUAUCAAGGUAAGAACAGGCAACGUGGGUGUCCCAGGGGGUAUAUCUCACAUACAUAAGUGAUUGCUUUAUCAAUGCACUGGUUCGCGUCUUUUACUUCAUCAUUUAGAGGUACUAUUUAUCAAAUCAGCGUCUCGGAGAAUCGAGCAGACGAUAUGGUUACUAUAUAAAGGUAAACACAUGGGUUCGGCUCAUAAAUUCUCUUACGGCCAAGAGCAAAUCCAUUGAUCUGCCACCCUGAAAUUAUCAUAUUAUUAUUCAGUUCCCCAACUACGUUAAUUACUUGUUUUAAGAUAUCAAGUUAAUUUGAGAAACCUUAAGUUUUUAAGGCUGGUUUUAACACGCUUCACAUUUACAUGUUUUGUAGCAAAAAAUAAACCCUUUCAAUAUUAGAAAGUGCAAACGCUAUUAUUAUUUAAUUAUUAAUUAUUCCAGUAACUUUACAUUUGUAAUAUUGUCCAUCUCUUGAUCUCUAACAGUAGUAAAUUUGUUGUGAGUUUUCCCUGCCAUAAGUAAGCCCCUUUGAAAGAAAAGAGGGGUUAAUACUGAUGAUAUACAGUAUAAAUAUUACUUUCAGAAGCUUUCUCUGUUGCUUGUUCAGCUAACUUCCUGUUAAAAAGGGAUGGAUCGAUAAACAUUAUGUGACUUUGUCUUUUUUGAAUUGUAAUUAGUCUGUUAUAUUAUUUUAUUUUUUAAAAGAUAAUAUCUAUUUGAAAUAAUCUAGUGUCUGCACUUGGCCGUUUAUUAUAUUGUUGAAUCAAGUACAAAAAUGUAGUGCAAUUCAAUACAAAUUUAGCUCCUAAAUAUCUAAAGGAUUAAGAACAAAGGCUUCAAUUCCCCUUUGUAUUUAACGAACAACAAUAUUCUAACAUAUUUUUUUUAUUACAGAUAGUAAAUCUUAUAAACAUGUGAGCUGGUAACGCCACUGUAAAUAUUUGUUGUGUGAAAAUCUACAACUUUAAAACUAAUAACCAAUUAUGACUACUACACAUAUAUUAUACGAUAAAUGAACUUAAAUCAGUGUUUCAUGAGAGAUCAACCAUUUUUUGUCUUCUGUAAGAUCUCAGUUGUUAAUUAAAAACAAAAACUGGAUGAAGUGUUGUCAUUUGACUCAUUGAUCAAUAUGAAAGUAAAAAUUAAAGCGAAUGAUGAGAUGGUUGUCAUAGUUACCAUUAUAAAAAUUAAAGGAACCAGCCUUCUAAUGAUGGGCACAAUUUUGUGCAGCGCAGAUAUAAAUACCAGUAACAAAAUUGUAAAAGAGUGGAAAUCCACAAGUUAUUGCGAGGUAUGUUUAGGAAGUCUAUUUAUGCAGCCUUGGUAAUCUGUAAUCUACCUGAUAUUUUACCAUCAUUACUGAUUGAAGGUUUACAAAAAGUUUAGAUUUUGUUAGGAACACCAUUGCCUUCUCAAAAUCAACAGAUUGCUGGUUCUAUCAGCCAAUCCCCUCAGGCUAUGAAUUCCUCUUCCUAGCUUGUGUACUAUUUUCCACAGUCUAGCAAUCCUCUGAGCGCUGUACUUUUAGAAUAUUUUGAGAAGCCUUUUGUUUUAUAUAAGACCAGUUUCAGUUUAAAAAUGCAAUCUUGUUAACGACAUUUAGUUGUCUGGGUGCUCUCGCCUCGGAGAUGGGUGCUAACCAGGCUGGAACUCAAAUAAAAUAUUGGCAUAAUUUAGCUGCCGUGGCAUCAAAUGCAAAUGAUUAACAAGUCUUUUACGAUAUCAGUACCUUUUCAUUCUUUUUGUCUGUUUUAACGUUGUACCGUGGCUUUAUGAUGACACUGAAUAUCAUUUUUAUUUUUCUCGAUAUGCCUUUUUACUUGUUUAAUCUAUACAGAAAUCUAAUUCUAAUUGUGUAAUCUUCAAAGGGUAUAUCCCAUUUCGGCAGACGUUCAGAUGUGCAUGUACUUAUGUUAAAAAUAGUUAUAGUGCCAGUAUUAAGUUAAAAAAAAAAAAGAAAAAGCGUCACCAUUUUUCAAGGUGGCACCUGACGGCCUUUUUGAAAACGUCUACUGACUGCAUUAUUUGGUGAGGAGCUCCAGUCUCUGAUUGUAGGAGUGUCUGUGAUGAAUCAGUUUGAAGCUCAAAUACACUGAAAAAUCUUUGACUUGGAGACCAUGUUAGACUGAGAGCACUACAGAACAGUCUCUCUUUUUCUUCAGAUUUAAUGAGGGGAAAGCACGAGCACGCAACAAAAUAGUCUUAGACAACAUAGCCUAAGACCAUAUGCCAAGAGGGAACAAGCCCCUUGUACCUUUUUUUAAUAUACCUAGAGAAAGGAACUUGCUGAUCUUUUUUCUGGUCUACAUGCAUGUGUAGGAAGCAAAUAAACUUCUCCUCGCCUUUUACCGUUUGCAUUUUCUCCUUCUCGCUUGUUUUGCUUUUCUGCCCCCGAUUUUUUUUGUUGUUGGGCGUUUAGUAGGCCUCAUUCGGUGGGAAAAGCUUCCGCGAACUAACCGAGGGUCGUGAACGAAAUUAUUGGAAAGGAAUUUAGCCCAGGCGGGUAGUGGAACAAGAUUUUUAGAGGAAAGUUUUGGUCAAUUUUACAUGGCUUAUAGCGUUUUUCUCUGACAGUUUUGGCUGAAUCAUGCUCGUUUUUGGUAUGGUUGGAAAAAAUGAGAUCUCUUCUCUCCUGCACAAGUUGGUGUCAAAGUUGUCCAAGACCAUUAGAACUGAUGACAUCAGAAGUGAUGCAUGCAAGGCUGUGCUCUAAGGAAAAUUGAAGGGAGUCCAGUGCUCUGAAACUGUAAAUAUGAUUUGUAUGAAAAAAGUAAGAUUUUCUUUUCGCGCAAGAGGAAAAGUUGGGCGCCAGGGGCCAGUUGGCUCUGCUAGAGUACACCCUUGGGUGCAAAUUAUCCGCCCUGGGUGCAAAGGAAAAGGAUCCGCUCGGGCGGUUACAAGUUAUACGUCAUUUUUGAAUACGUCGUUUUCCAGUCCGAUCCAGGGGCCCGAACCUCCAAAUUCCUGGUUACUUUUCGGUCCCGGAGACGAACGUUUUCGAGUUUCAAUCUCUGUCCAUUCUUGCCAUCCGUAGCAACGGACGAUAUCAAACAGUUUCAAUGCCUAAUUAUAGUCUUCAAUAACAAAACUGGACCAUUAUUUUUUUGAAUUCAUCUGAUUCGAAGACACAUUUUAGCUUUUCAAAAAAGAUUUAAAAUAGCGUGACAUCAGACCCAAGUCGUAGGCAUGUUUGGAUUCACAAGCUGUGGGAACAGAAAGCUAUUAUGAUACUCAACUCAUGGGACCAAAACACACCUACGCAAUUACAUAAACAAGCAACAAAUGUUCAAGGCUAGGAAAGACCCCAAGUAUGUCUAAGAAUAAAUUACGAUCAAGCUUAUAAGACAUCCGCUUGCAGAUGCUGUUACUUUAGAACUUAUAAAGUACAUGCGUGGUCUUAUCCAAACGUCGAAAUGACUCUUGACUACAAGUUUAACAAGAGAGCUGUACAAGUACAAACUACAAUACACCUAGAUCAACAAUUAUUAAAAAAUGGUUUUCAGGUACAUGGCAUAUUGAAUAGUGAAUACGAAGGCGCUGUAACAGCAAACGAAAUAAAAGAAUGGUGCUAAAGUUAGGGACAUGAUGGCACCUCUGUAAGAAACCGGCUCAUAGAAUUGACCACCCCUCCCCUACGAAUACGUUUUUUCUAUUGUGGGGUUGAGAUAAUAUCACGAGUGAUAUAUACAGACAGUGUUGUUUAAAGCGUGUAGAGCGAGAAAGUGCUGGCCAAGAAAGAAAAAAGAAUAAGUCGCAAGUUAUCGCACACAGCGAAAACCACAGCAGUUGCUUGCGGACCCAACUUUAUGUGAAAUAUGAGAAAUAUGACUUAAAGUAAUGUACGAGUUUUUGUUAAUAUUUAUAGUGGAUAUUAGAGAUUGUUUUGAUAAAACUCGUUGUGGGCAGCUUGCCAUCCGAACGGUCCUUCUUUUCUACGUUUUAUGUCAGUUUAGCCGCUGAAUUAUUUCAUACUAAAGGUAAGAAGAAAUUUGGGAGAAUUCUGCAACAGAUUCUCCGGAAGUGAUAUUAAAGGAUUGUGUCUUUUCUUGUUGAAGAAAAAUAAGCCGAGGAAUUUUUUGUUUUAUAAAGGUAACCAUUUGUAGGAGGAGAAAGCUAACAAAAUGACCAAUUGUUAUGAAAAAUAGUCUGGAUGUUUGCAAAGAUAAUAUAAUUAUGUCUAUAAUCUUAGAAGACAAGUCUUGGACCUUCUACAUUCUGUCAAAUACCUUGGUGUCUACCUAUCCCUAUCUGACGACCUCCGCUGAAACGAACAUAUUAAAACCAUCUCCAAUAAAGCUAACAAAACUCUUGGCUUUCCAAAGCGGAACUUAAUACAUUGCCCUCCCAGGACUAAGGAAACAGCAUACAAGGCCCUAGUACGCUCAACUCUGGAAUACUGUUCAUCUGUGUGGGAUCCACCUACAGCUAAAAACACAAACAUGGCUGUGCACGCUGGGUUCUAAAUCGCUGCGACCGCAAAGUUAGUGUAACUGAAAUGCUUUCAACCCUGAAGUGAAAGACACUAGCAAGUAGGCGAACCAUAGCACGCCUAUCUAUGCUGUAUAAAAUGCGAUACAGGCUAGUCUCUCACGAAGAUGUCAAACUACAAUCCGCAAUCGUACUCAACUCGCUCCAUAGAGUACUCUUACACACAGCCGACAGCCAUUAGAGAUUACUACAAGACAGUAUUCCUUCUACCCAACGACUAUUACUUAAUGGAAUAAACUCCCAAGGGAUAUAGCAUUGUCCAACCCACUGGCGGCUUUUAAAAAUGCAAUUUCAAACAUUAAGGCCCGGUUCAGACGCCGCUCCACUCAUGUGCCGAACCUAACUGAUGAAUUAAGUACGGCAAAAGAGCGGCGUCUGAGUCAAUUUGGUACGGCAGUUUUAGUUUGGUGCGGCAAAAGCGUUAAGUUCGACAGAGUCUGUCGAACUUAUUCAGUUAGGUUCGGCACAUGAAAAGUACGGCGUCUGAACCAGGCCUAAUAUUAACACUUUUAUUACUCUGCGCUCAUAAGCGCCAUUUCAUUUACUUUUGUUGUCCUUUUUUUUUUUUUUUUUUUUUACAGCGGUCAAAAACGCUCAGAAUUGAGUGACAGACCUAAAUGGUAAAUGUAAAUGUAAAUGUAGUUGAGGUUUUUGCAUUACAAAAAUACAUAUGUAGGCGUCUUAAAUAGGUCGAAACAUCGUGGAAAGUUAUUUUUAUACUGAUCCCUGAAAGUGUAGUUAUUUAUCUGUUGUCGUAGAACUACACUGAGAAAAAUGGAAUUUAAUUUGCCCGCCUUUGUGGUUUUAUCGCGGCUUUGCCCUUUUUAGUGAAAUGUUCGUGUUGAAUAAUUCAUGUACCUGUUGAAAAUGUGAAAGGAGACAUGUUUUGAAUUUGCUGUGUUAGAAUGCGUAUAUUGUCAGCUGUCGAAGAAUUAAACGAGAAGUGGUGUAAGAGGCGAUCACCGUGUAAAAGCGUGGACUGUAGACAACUUUCCAGUCAACCCACAAGCCAGAGCGACAAAUAAUUGAACCAAAAAAUAAUUCGAGUCGUGUUGCGAGGAAAUUCACAGCAGUUAAAUAGAGGGAAGAGCUAAAUUGACAGGUAAUCAACUGUGUUCGCUUCAAUUCAUUGAGGUUUAUCGGAACUGCAGUGCUCUUGAUCAUUUUUUUUCAGUCUUGAAAUCGUAUAG